CGCUGCCGCCGGCGGUUGGGGAAGAUGGAGCCCGCGCCGGGCCGCGGAGGGAGCAGCGCCGACAGCCUGGCCGAGGAGGAGGACGACGACGAGGAGGAAGAGGAUGAGGCGGGUCCUGGCGGCCGCCGUCGGUCCAGCCGCACCUCGUCGCUCGUGAGCGGGCUGCUCACCGAGCUGUACCGCGCCGACGGCGCUGGCGCUGCCGCCGAGGCGGCCGCCCCGUCGGGCAGCGCCCGCUCCCGCGUCCUCCGGGAGCUGCAGCAGCGGCCGAGCCACAUCAAGUACCUGCGGAUGAAAGAUGUCGAUGAACUGAAAACUAUAAAACAAGAACUGAAUUACAGAAUUUCAGUUCAAUCGGCAAAGUUGCUUCGCCUUCUGAAACAGAAAGACAGACUUGUACAUAAAGUCCAGAAGAACUGUGAUAUUGUCACGGCUUGUUUACAGGCAGUUUCCCAGAAACGACGGGUUGAUACAAAAUUGAAGUUCACUCUUGAACCAUCUUUAGGUCAAAAUGGUUUUCAGCAGUGGCAUGAUGCACUCAAAGCAGUGGCCAGAUUGCCAACAGGCAUACCAAAAGAAUGGCGGAGAAAGGUUUGGCUGACCCUAGCUGAUCAGUACUUGCACAGUAUAGCCAUUGACUGGGAUAAAACAAUGCGUUUCACAUUCAAUGAAAGAAGUAAUCCUGAUGAUGACUCCAUGGGCAUCCAGAUAGUAAAGGACCUUCACCGAACUGGUUGCAGUUCUUACUGUGGCCAAGAGGCAGAGCAAGAUCGAGUAGUAUUAAAACGAGUUUUGCUGGCUUAUGCCAGGUGGAAUAAAUCUGUUGGCUAUUGUCAAGGUUUUAACAUAUUAGCUGCACUCAUUCUGGAAGUAAUGGAGGGCAAUGAAGGGGAUGCCUUGAAAAUCAUGAUUUACUUAAUUGAUAAAGUACUUCCUGAUAGCUAUUUUGUCAAUAAUCUCCGGGCUCUGUCUGUGGAUAUGGCUGUUUUUCGAGAUCUAUUAAGAAUGAAACUUCCUGAACUGUCCCAGCACUUAGAUACUCUGCAAAGAGCUGCUAACAGAGAAAGUGGAGGAGGCUAUGAACCCCCACUUACAAAUGUCUUCACAAUGCAAUGGUUUCUGACCCUUUUUGCCACUUGCCUGCCUAACCAUACAGUUCUGAAGAUCUGGGAUUCUGUAUUCUUUGAAGGCUCUGAAAUUAUACUGAGAGUAGCCCUGGCUAUCUGGGCAAAGCUGGGAGAGCAAAUAGAGUGUUGUGAAACUGCAGACGAGUUUUACAGUACCAUGGGCAAGCUGACCCAGGAGAUGCUGGAGGACAGUCUGAUUGACAGCAAUGAACUCAUGCAGACUGUUUAUACCAUGGCUCAGUUUCCCUUCCCACAGCUGGCAGAAUUACGGGAGAAAUAUACAUACAACAUUACUCCUUUCCCUGCUGCAGUAAAAUCAACUUCACUUUCUGGGAGGCUUGGCAGAACCAGAGACAGUGAUGAGGAGAAUGACCCGGAUGAUGAAGACUCUAUUGCCAAUGCAAUUGGCUGUCUUGGACCAUUAAGUGGGUUUUUGGUGCCAGAGCUCCAAAAGUACCAAAAACAGAUUAAAGAUCAGAAUGAAGAACAAAGUCUGGGCUCCAGCAACAUUGCAGAACUAAGUCCAGGAGCAAUAGACUCUUGCCGAAGUGAGUAUCAUGCUGUUUUUAACAGCAUGAUGUUGGAGCGUAUGACCACUGAUAUUAAUGCACUGAAAAAGCAAUAUUCCAGGAUAAAGAAGAAGCAGCAACAGCAGGUUCACCAUGUGUAUAUCAGAACAGACAAAGGGCCAGUUACCAGCCUUCUGCCUUCUCAGGUAAACUAUUCCCCGGUGAUAAACCACCUUCUUUUAGGAAAGAAGAUGAAGUCAAAUAACAGAUCUCUCAAGAAUGCUGUCAUUCACAUCCCAAGUCAUGCUACAGGGAAAAUGUCUCCCCUUCCCCAAGAAGAUCUUAAAACAAAACUGAACUCUCCAUGGCGCACUCACAUACGAGUUCAUCGAAAGAAUAUUGCUAGGGCCAAAGGCCAGCUAGGCUACGGGGAUACCAUUGGACUGAUAGAUGAGCAGAGUGAGAGCUGUAAAACGAAUAGUCCUGGUGCAAAAGAGGAGACUUCUGCACAUGCUGAUAUUGGAGAAAGAGAAGGUGGUGGUUUGGAUGACAGGACUCCCCGAAAAACUGAGAGACAGUCUGCUGAGCCAGUCUCUGAGGACACCAGCACAAACAUGUCAGUGGUUCAGCUGAAACUGGAAGCGCUGGAACUCACCUCAGACAGCAAAGUUGAUGCUGAGUCAACAUCCAGUCAGUCCUGCCAGACACGUUUAUCUGAGUCCUCUGCUUCUUCCAGUGACAGUGGAAACCUGGGUAAAUCUCCCCAGCCCAGUAACCCAAAGUCGCAAGUCUUCAACCCGUUUCCCAGUGUCAAGCCUCUUCGAAAGUCAGCUACAGCCAGGAAUUUAGGGCUGUAUGGCCCCACUGAAAGAACGCCAACUGUACACUUUCCACAAAUGAGUAAAAGUUUCAGCAAGUCUGUCAGUGGCAACAGUGGGACCAGGAAACGGUGACUUACCACCUGGCGCUUCCUAUUUCUGACAGCAAAAAAUUGUAUUUUAUUUUCAUGUGUGUGUGUGUAUUUGUGUCCCAAAGAGAUUCUAAACUUUAAUUAAAGUAAUGGAGACAAAAGUGGUUACCAGAUGUAUAAAUACAUGUCUUUGAAAGUUGUGCUCCUGCGUGGUAUGGAAUAGAUUAGAGAAGAUGCACUCUAGCACCCUAUUGUAGAUUCUGAUGGUUCUGUGGUAAAAUAAACAUUGAUUUACAGUGUGAAGAAUACUGUUUCUUUAAAUCUAGUCCAGACAUAAAAUUGCCAGCUGCCUUUAACCCUUCAGCCCCUCAUGGCUGUCUCCUGUCUCUGUCAAAGCUCUAAGGACAAAUUGCCAUCUGUUGCAGCAAAAUCUAUCCAUAAAGCAUUUUUUAUGGCUGUUGUGUAGCUUCUCUCUUAGACCUCAUCAUCAUGCUCUGUGAGGAGCUGGAGAAGCCACAAAUAACGGAAGCACAAGCAGCCCUCACAAUCAAAAUUAUCACUUUCAAGCACAUUCUUGAACAGCAUUUCAUGCUUUUCUUUUCGUGGCAGUCCUCUACUGAUGUUGUAGUUUAUAAUGUAUAAUGUAGUAUAUAAUGUAGUCAGCAAGCAUGAGAAUAACAGACAUGUCUGUCUACAACAUUGGCUUGCUCUUUUUCUAUUAGUAACUGUUGGAGAUUUUCAGCACUGCUAAGUUAGGUAUAUAUGUAGAGUUAUUUGAACAUUAUGACACAUCCUGGUUACAGUGGACUUAAAAGCUAGUAUGUAGAUUACAACCUUUUUAUAAUUAAUUCAGAUUUGCCUGCUUGGCAAAUACUUGGAAGUAUGUAAAAUAUAUGAAUGUUCCAAAGUAGUUUAGGAGUUUCAGUCCUAUAAAUAGAGUGAUUAGAUACUUAAGGUGCCACUUUUCAUUAAAAGCUAGCAUAUCAGCCACAGAGUAAGUGGAUUGGAUCCACUGGACUGCUGCAGGAUCCAUCACUUAGUUCCAGUUUGUUGUGAAACAACAUUGGCUAAGCUAUAAGCUAAAUUUCUACUUCUGACUCGAUCCCUUUUGUUCAUUUCUCAUAACAAUUUCUCUGUAGCCUGUGUUUGGAUAAUUCAACUUCAGGGUUACCAGCUCAAGCACUCAAAUUUCAAAAAUUCAGGUUGCUCUUAAAAUACUAUAGCCCUGCCGUAUUGUACAUACUGACUGUGAUUCAUUACUUUCUUACUUCCAAGUUUUCCAUGAUGCAAAAUUGCCCUAACUCUAAUCAGGAGUAAAAGCAGUAAUGAUGAAUCAGUCACACUGUAUGUAAUAUCUUUCUCUUUUUAUUUUUUUGUGUUAAAUUUGCAAAUUAAUAUAUUGUUGUAUAUUUAUUAAUUUAUGCCAUAAAAUCUAUAGGAUGUGAUAUCAGUUUUAUUGUAUGCCAUAAAUUAUAAGCUGUACAAUAGACUGUUUACUGUUGUGAGAUAAUUUUAUUUUUAUGUUUUAUAUGAGUGGAUAGAAAAUAAUAUACAAGUAUGAGCAUUAUAAAUUUGAAAUAUGUGUAGAUCAAAUCUUGCCCCGCCUUCUUUUCAGAUCGAAGUAGUAUUGUCACCAAUGAUUAUUUGUAGCACUGAGUAAAUUUAAAAUAAUGUAGAAUUUAGUCACUGAUUAUGGACUUUAUGAGAGUUGUUUCCGCUUUGAUUUAAAGGAAACUCACUUUUCAAAAUUUCAUUGUGAAUCAAUCUCCCUGUUUUUACCUAGCAUUAGUGUACUGCGCAGCUGUAUAGUGAACCAAUGAAAAUAA